AUGGCUCAUUCCUCGUUCAGCGGCGCGCCCCGGUUCCUGACCCGGCCCAAGGCCUUCGUGGUGUCGGUGGGUAAGGACGCCACGCUGAGCUGCCAGAUCGUGGGCAACCCCACGCCGCAGGUGAGCUGGGAGAAGGACCGGCGGCCGGUGGAGGCCGGCGCCCGCUUCCGCCUGGCCCAGGACGACGACCAGUACCGCCUCACCAUCCUGGACCUGGCGCUGGGCGACAGCGGCCAGUACGUGUGCCGCGCGCGCAACGCCGUGGGCGAGGCCUUCGCCGCCGUGGGGCUGCAGGUGGACGCCGAGGCCGCGAUCGCCGAGCAGGCGCCCCACUUCCUGCUGCGCCCCACGUCCAUCCGCGUGCGCGAGGGCGCCGAGGCCACCUUCCGCUGCCGCGUGCGCGGCUCGCCGCCGCUGGCCGUGAGCUGGGACAAGGACGGCCGCCGCCUGGGCCCGCCCGACGCCCCGCGCGUGAGCGUGGAGGCCAGCGGCGAGGCGAGCGCGCUGCGCAUCCGGGCCGCGCGCCCCCGCGACGGCGGCACCUACACCGUGCGCGCCGAGAACCCGCUGGGCAAGGCCAGCGCCGCCGCCGCGCUGACGGUGGACGCGGACACGGACGCCGCGGGCCCGCCCGGCGCCUCCACCGCCGCCCUCCUGGCGCACCUGCAGCGGCGGCGCGAGGCCAUGCGGGCCGAGGGCGCGCCCGCCUCGCCGCCCGGCGCCGGCACCCGCACCUGCACCGUCACCGAGGGCAAGCACGCGCGCCUCAGCUGCUACGUGACCGGCGAGCCCAAGCCCGAGACCGUGUGGAAGAAGGACGGGCAGCCGGUGGCCGAGGGCCGGCGGCACCUGGUGUACGAGGACGCGCAGGAGAACUUCGUGCUCAAGAUCCUCUUCUGCAAGCAGGCGGACCGCGGCCUGUACACCUGCACGGCGUCCAACCUCGUGGGCCAGACCUACAGCUCCGUGCUGGUGGUGGUGCGAGAGCCCACAGUGCCCUUCAGGACGAGGCUGCAGGACCUGGAGGUGCAGGAGAAGGCGUCGGCCACGUUUCAGUGCGAGGUGCCGCUGCCCACCACGGAGGCCGUGUGGUACAAGGAGGAGACGCGGCUGUGGGCCAGCGACAAGUACGCCAUCGAGGAGGCGGGCACGGAGCGCCGGCUCACCGUCCACAACGCUUCCACGGACGAUGACGCGGUGUACAUCUGCGAGAUGGCCGAGGGCAGCCGCACGGUGGCCGAGCUGGCCGUCCAAGGCAACCUCAUCCGAAAGCUCCCGAGGAAGACGGUGGUGCGAGUGGGGGACACUGCCCUGUUCUGUGUGGAGCUGGCCAGGCCGGAGGGCCGGGUCCACUGGCUUCGGAACCACGAGGAGGUGGUGGCCGGGGGCCGAGUAGCCAUCACCACAGAAGGCACAUGUCACACGCUGACCAUCUCUCAGUGCAGCCUGGAGGAUGUGGGCGAGGUGGCCUUUGUGGCCGGGGACUGCCGGACGUCCACCCAGUUCCUGGUGUCAGCCCCCAGGAAGCCACCACCGCACUCCCCCGAGGCCCCUGUGGUGAAGGCCAAGACAGAGAGUUCCGUGACUCUCAGCUGGUCCCCACCGCCCGCCGGGGAUCGCCCUGUGCCCAUCGAUGGCUACGUGGUGGAGAAGAAGCGAUUGGGCACCUACACCUGGAGCCGGUGCCAUGCGGCCGAGUGGGUGGCCACCCCUGAGCUGACGGUGGACAGUGUGGCUGAGGAGGGGGACUUCCAGUUCCGGGUGUCAGCUGUGAACGGCUUCGGCCAGAGCUCCUACCUUGAGUUCCCGGGGACGGUCCACCUGGCACCCCAGCUGGCGGUGAAGACGCCUCUGAAGGCAGUGGAGGCGGUGGAGGGCAGUGAGGUGACCUUCUCUGUGGACCUCACUUCGGUCUCUGCGGGCGAAUGGUUCCUGGAUGGGAAGGCUCUGAAGGCCAGCCACACAUACGUGAUCCGCUGCGAGGGCACACGGCACGUCCUCACCAUCCGCUCGGUACCCGCCAGCCUGCAUGGCGCUGAGCUCAAGUUCGUGGCCAAUGGCAUCGAGAACAGCAUCCGCAUGGAGGUCCGAGGGCUGACCACCAAGCAUCCAACAGAAGUUCGGGAGGUGCUGGCCCGGCUACACGAGGAGGCACAGCUCCUGGCGGAGCUGUCAGACCAGGCCACGGCGGUAACGUGGCUCAAGGACGGCCGAGCGCUGCCCCCGGGCCCCAAGUACAAGGUGCAGGCUUCGGCAGGACGGCGGGCACUGCUGGUGCGGGAUGUGGCGCGGGACGACGCUGGCCUGUAUGAGUGUGUCAGCCGUGGGGUCCGCAUCGCCUACCACCUGUCAGUUCAAGGACUCACGCCCUUUCUGCACAAGGACUCGGCAGGCGGCUGCGUGGACGCGGUGGCCGGGGGUCCGGCCCGCUUUGAGUGCGAGACCACGGAGGCCCACGUGUCUGUGUGCUGGUUCAAGGACGGCUUGGAGCUGGGCCGCUCCAGCUCCCACUUCUCGCAGGAGGAUGUGGGCACGCGGCAUCGGCUGGUGGCCAGCUCAGUCACCAGGCAAGACGAGGGCACCUAUUCGUGCCGUGUGGGCGAGCACUCGGUGGAUUUCCAGCUGCGUGUCUCUGAGCCCACGGUGGUGUUUGCCAAGGAGCAGUCUGCACACAGCGAGGUGAAGGCCAUGGCCGGGGCCAGUGCCACGCUGAGCUGCGAGGUGGCCCAGGCCCAGACAGAGGUGACAUGGUACAAGGAUGGCAAGAAGCUGAGUGGGAGCUCAAAAGUGCGUGUGGAGGCCACGGGCUGCACCCGGCGGCUGGUGCUGCAGCAGGCGGCCAAGGGGGACAGCGGGGAGUACAGCUGUGAGGCCGGGGGCCAGAAGGUCACCUUCCAUCUGGAUGUCCCAGAGCCCAAGGUGGUGUUUGCCAAGGAGCAGUCUGCACACAGCGAGGUGAAAGCCAUGGCCGGGGCCAGUGCCACGCUGAGCUGCGAGGUGGCCCAGGCCCAGACGGAGGUGACAUGGUACAAGGAUGGCAAGAAGCUGAGUGGGAGCUCAAAAGUGCGUGUGGAGGCCACGGGCUGCACCCGGCGGCUGGUGCUGCAGCAGGCGGCCAAGGGGGACAGCGGGGAGUACAGCUGCGAGGCCGGGGGCCAGAAGGUCACCUUCCAUCUGGAUGUCCCAGAGCCCAAGAUGGUGUUUGCCAAGGAGCAGUCUGCACACAGCGAGGUGAAGGCCAUGGCUGGGGCCAGUGCCACGCUGAGCUGCGAGGUGGCCCAGGCCCAGACGGAGGUGACGUGGUACAAGGAUGGCAAGAAGCUGAGUGGGAGCUCAAAAGUGCGUGUGGAGGCCACGGGCUGCACCCGGAGGCUGGUGCUGCAGCAGGCGGCCAAGGGGGACAGCGGGGAGUACAGCUGCGAGGCCGGGGGCCAGAAGGUCACCUUCCAUCUUGAUGUCCCAGAGCCCAAGGUGGUGUUUGCCAAGGAGCAGUCUGCUCACAGCGAGGUGAAGGCCAUGGCCGGGGCCAGUGCCACGCUGAGCUGCGAGGUGGCCCAGGCCCAGACGGAGGUGACGUGGUACAAGGAUGGCAAGAAGCUGAGUGGGAGCUCAAAAGUGCGUGUGGAGGCCACGGGCUGCACCCGGCGGCUGGUGCUGCAGCAGGCGGCCAAGGGGGACAGCGGGGAGUACAGCUGCGAGGCCGGGGGCCAGAAGGUCACCUUCCGUCUGGAUGUCCCAGAGCCCAAGGUGGUGUUUGCCAAAGAGCAGUCUGCACAUAGUGAGGUGAAGGCCAUAGCUGGGGCCAGUGCCACGCUGAGCUGUGAGGUGGCCCAGGCCCAGACAGAGGUGACAUGGUACAAGGAUGGCAAGAAGCUGAGUGGGAGCUCAAAAGUGCGUGUGGAGGCCACGGGCUGCACUCGGCGGCUGGUGCUGCAGCAGGCGGCCAAGGGGGACAGCGGGGAGUACAGCUGCGAGGCCGGGGGCCAGAAGGUCACCUUCCGUCUGGAUGUCCCAGAGCCCAAGGUGGUGUUUGCCAAGGAGCAGUCUGCUCACAGCGAGGUGAAGGCCAUGGCCGGGGCCAGUGCCACGCUGAGCUGCGAGGUGGCCCAGGCCCAGACGGAGGUGACGUGGUACAAGGAUGGCAAGAAGCUGAGUGGGAGCUCAAAAGUGCGUGUGGAGGCCACGGGCUGCACCCGGCGGCUGGUGCUGCAGCAGGCGGCCAAGGGGGACAGCGGGGAGUACAGCUGCGAGGCCGGGGGCCAGAAGGUCACCUUCCAUCUGGAUGUCCCAGAGCCCAAGGUGGUGUUUGCCAAGGAGCAGUCUGCACACAGCGAGGUGAAGGCCAUGGCCGGGGCCAGUGCCACGCUGAGCUGCGAGGUGGCCCAGGCCCAGACGGAGGUGACGUGGUACAAGGAUGGCAAGAAGCUGAGUGGGAGCUCAAAAGUGCGUGUGGAGGCCACGGGCUGCACCCGGCGGCUGGUGCUGCAGCAGGCGGCCAAGGGGGACAGCGGGGAGUACAGCUGCGAGGCCGGGGGCCAGAAGGUCACCUUCCAUCUGGAUGUCCCAGAGCCCAAGGUGGUGUUUGCCAAGGAGCAGUCUGCACACAGCGAGGUGAAGGCCAUGGCCGGGGCCAGUGCCACGCUGAGCUGCGAGGUGGCCCAGGCCCAGACAGAGGUGACGUGGUACAAGGAUGGCAAGAAGCUGAGUGGGAGCUCAAAAGUGCGUGUGGAGGCCACGGGCUGCACCCGGCGGCUGGUGCUGCAGCAGGCGGCCAAGGGGGACAGCGGGGAGUACAGCUGCGAGGCCGGGGGCCAGAAGGUCACAUUUCGUCUAGAUGUCCCAGAGCCAGAGCCUGAGCCCCCAGCCCCGGAGAGACCCGACCGCAGGGGGCUAGUGGUGGUCAAAGAGCACGAGGACAUCGUCCUGACUGCCACGAUGGCCGCGCCCUCCGUGGCUGCGGUGACGUGGCUCAAGGACGGCGUGGAGAUCCGGCGCAGCAAGCGGCACCAGACGGCCAGCCUGGGGGACACGCACACGCUGACGGUGCGGGGCGCGCAGACUCUGGACAGCGCGGUGUACAGCUGCCGCGUGGGCGCCGCGGCGCAGGACUUCCCGGUGCAGGUGGAAGAGGUGGCCGCCAGGUUCUGCCAGCCCCUGGAGCCGGUGAGCGGGGAGCUGGGCGGCACGGUGACACUGGCCUGCGAGCUGAGCCCGGCGCAGGCCGAGGUGGUGUGGCGCUGCGGGAGCACGCAGCUGCGGGAGGGCAAGCGCUUCCAGAUGGCGGCCGAGGGGCCCCGGCGCUCCCUCACGGUGUCCGGCCUGCGGGCGGAGGAUGCGGGCGAGUACGUGUGCGAGAGCCGCGACGACCGCACCAGCGCCAGGCUCUCCGUCCGCGUCCCCCGCGAAGUCAAGUUCACGUCCGGCCUGAGCGCCGUGGUGGCGGAGGAGGGCCAGGAGGCCACCUUCCAGUGCGUGGUGAGCCCCGGCGACGUGGCGGUGCUGUGGUUCCGGGACGGCGCCCAGCUGCAGCCCAGCGAGAGGCUUCGGGUGGCGCAGAGCGGCGCCUGCCACAGCCUCACCAUCUCGGGGCUGGUCCUGGAGGACGCCGGCCAGAUCAGCGCCGAGGCUGAGGGGGUCACAUCCUCCGCUGCCCUCCGCGUCCGAGAGGCUCCCGUGCUGUUCAAGAAGAAGCUGGAGCCACAGACGGUGGAGGAGUGGGGCUCCGUGACCCUGGCGGUAGAGCUGACCAGGCCUUGGCCGGAUGUCAAGUGGACGCGCAAUGCCGCUGCCCUAUCCCCAAGCGAGAACGUGGCGAUCCACGCGGAGGGCGCCAGUCACCGCCUGGUCCUCCGCAGCGUGGGUUUCGCUGACCGCGGCUUCUAUGGCUGUGAGACGCCAGAUGACAAGACACAGGCCAAGCUCACAGUACAGAUGCGCCAGGUGCAGCUCUUGCGGGGCCUGCAAGCCGUGGAGGUGCAGGAGCAGGGCUCCGCCACCAUGGAGGUGGAGCUGUCCCACGCCGACGUAGAGGGCAGCUGGACCCGUGACGGGCUUCGGCUACAGCCGGGGCCCACGUGCCAGCUGGCAGUGCAAGGCCCCGUUCACACCCUCACGCUGUCAGAGCUGCGGCCACAGGAUGGGGGUCUCAUUGCCUUCAAGGCUCAGGGCGUGCACACAUCGGCGCGGCUGGUGGUCACGGAGCUGCCUGUGAGGUUCAGCCGCCCACUGCAGGACGUGGUGGCCACAGAGAAAGACAGAGUGACCCUGGAGUGUGAGCUGUCACGCCCCAAUGUGGACGUGCGCUGGCUGAAGGAUGGCGUGGAGCUGCAGGUUGGCAAGACAGUGGGUAUGGCAGCCAAGGGCACCUGCCGGACUCUCAUCAUUUACCAGUGUGCCUCCGGGGACCAGGGCGUGUAUGUGUGUGACGCCCGCGAGGCUCAGACCUCGGCAUCCCUGAAGGUGCAAGGACGCAACAUCCAGAUCCUGAGGCCCCUGGAGGACGUGGAGGUGAUGGAGAAGGAGAGCGCCACCUUCUCCUGCGAGGUCUCCCAUGACGACGUGUCUGCUCAGUGGUUCCGGGAGGGCAGUAAGCUCCGGUCCAGCGACAACGUGCGCAUGCGCCAGGAAGGAAGGACACACACGCUCAUCUACCGGAGGGUCCUGGUGGAAGAAGCAGGAGAAAUCCGGUUUGUAGCCGAAAAUGCAGAAUCUCGAGCCCAGCUCCGAGUGAGAGAGCUGCCAGUGACCAUUCUGCGCCCCCUGCGGGACAAGAUCGCCAUGGAGAGGCACCGCGGGGUGCUUGAGUGCCAGGUGUCUCGGGCCAGCGCCCAGGUGCGGUGGUUCAAGGGUGGCGUGGAACUGCGGGCCGGGCCCAAGUACGAGAUGGUCAGCGAUGGCCUCUACCGCAAGCUGGUCAUCAGCGACGUGCAGCCGGAGGACGAGGACACCUAUACCUGCGACGCUGGCGAUGUGAAGACCUCUGCCCAGUUCUUCGUGGAAGAGCAAUCCAUCACCAUCGUGCGGGGCCUGCAGGACGUGACGGUGAUGGAGCCCGCCCCCGCCUGGUUCGAGUGCGAGACCUCCAUUCCCUCUGUGCGGCCGCCCAAGUGGCUGCUGGGGAAGACGGCGCUGCAGGCGGGGAAGGACGUGGGCAUAGAGCAGGAAGGCACGGUGCACCGGCUGGCGCUGCGGCGCACCUGCUCCACCAUGACCGGGCCAGUGCACUUCACCAUCGGCAAGUCGCGCACCACCGCCCAGCUGGUGGUCUCAGACAUCCCUGUGGUGCUGACGAGGCCGCUGGAGCCCAAGGCGGGCCGCGAGCUGCAGUCCGUGGUGCUGUCCUGCGACUUCAAGCCGCCGCCCAAGGCCGUGCAGUGGUACAAGGAGGACACGCCGCUGGUGGCCUCGGACAAGUUCAGGAUGAGCCUGGAGGGCCACAUGGCGGAGCUGCGCGUGCUGCGGCUCACGCCCGCCGACGCCGGCGUCUACCGGUGCCAGGCCGGUAACGCCCAGAGCUGCGCCCAGGUCACCGUGGAAGUGCGGGAGGUGACGGUGACGCAGCCGCUGCAGGACGCGGAGGCCGCGGAGGAGGGCCGCGCCUGCUUCUCCUGCGAGCUCUCCCACGAGGACGAGGAGGUGGAGUGGUCGCUGAACGGGACGCCCCUCUACAACGACAGCUUCCACGACAUCUCCCACGAGGGCCGCCGCCACACGCUGGUGCUGAAGCGGGUCAGGCGGGGGGACGCGGGCACCGUGCGCGUCUCCUCCCCCAAGGUGACGGCCACUGCCCGCCUGGAGGUCAGAGCGAAGCCGGCGGUGUUCCUGAAGGCGCUGGACGACGUGUCGGCGGUGGAGCAGAGCGCCCUGACCCUGCAGUGCGAGGUCUCCGACCCCCAGGCGGGCGUGGUGUGGCGCAAGGACGGCGUGGAGCUGGGCCCCAGCGACAAGUACGACUUCCUGCACACGGCGGGCACGCGCGGGCUGGUGGUCCACGACCUGAGCCUGGACGACGCGGGCCUGUACACCUGCCACCUGGGCGCCGAGGAGACCUGCGCGCACGUCAGUGUGCACGACCUGCACGUGGGCAUCACCAAGAGGCUGAAGAACGUGGAGGUGCUCGAGGGUGAGAGCUGCAUCUUCGAGUGCAUCCUGUCCCAUGAGGACACGGGUGACACUGCCACCUGGACGGUCGGCGGGAAGACAGUGGGCAGCGCCGACCGCUUCCGAGCUGCCCGCCAAGGCCGGAAGUACACCCUGGCUGUGCGCGAGGCGCUGCCGAGCGACUCCGGGGAGGUGGUCUUCUCUGUGCGCGGCCUCACCUCCAAGGCCUCACUCCUUGUCCGAGAAAGGCCGGCGGGCAUCACGAAGCCUUUGGAAGACCAGCGGGCUGUGGAGGGGGAGGAUGCGACGCUGAGCUGUGAGCUGUCACGGGGGGACUCCCCGGUGCGCUGGCUGAAGGACGGGAAAGCCAUUCGCAAGAGUCAGAAGUAUGACCUGCUCAGCGAGGGCACGCGGGCGGUGCUGGUCGUCCACGCGGCCUCGCUCAAAGAUUCCGGAGAAUACACGUGUGAGACGGAGGUCUCCAAGAGCACAGCCAGGCUCCGUGUGGAAGAAAAGCCAAACCGGUUCACCGAGGAGCUGGCUGACCUGCAGGUGGAGGAAAAAGGCGUGGCUGUGUUUACCUGCAAGACCGAGCGCCCUGCAGCCACGGUGACCUGGAGAAAGGGCCUCUCUGAGCUGCGCGCCUCGAGGAAGCAUGCACCCAGCCAGGAGGGCGUGACCUUGAGGCUCACCAUCAGUGCCCUGGAGAAGGCGGACAGCGACACGUACUCCUGCGACAUUGGCCAGGCAAGGUCCCAGGCUCGGCUCGUGGUGCAAGGUCAGAGAGUGCUCAUCACAGAGGACCUGAAGGACGCUGAGGUACAGGAGGGCUCCUCAGUCACCUUCAGCUGCCGUGUCUCCCCUGCUGACUACGAGCCUGUCUACUGGUUCCUGGACAAAACGCCUCUGCACCCCAAUGAGCUCAAUGGGAUUGAGACCCAACCGGGUGGCUACCAUGUGCUCACCCUGCGGGAGCUUGGGCUCAAAGACUCGGGCACUGUCUACUUCGAAGCGGGCGAUCAGCGGUCCUCGGCCACCCUGCGGGUCACAGAGAAGCCAAGUAUCUUCUCCCAGGAGCUCACGGAUACCAUAAUCAUGGAGGGCGAGGAUCUGACUCUGGUCUGCGAGACCACUGACCCGGACAGCCCUGUGCAUUGGACCAAGGAUGGGAAAACCCUGCGGGGGUCGGCCCGGUGCCAGCUGAGCCGUGAGGGCCGCCGAGCCCAGCUGGUCAUCACGGGCACCACCUCACAGGAUGGCGGGCGCUACAAGUGUGAGGCCCCGGGUGCCUGGAGCAGCUCCAUCGUCAGGGUCCACGCGCGGCCGGUGCACUUCCGGGAGGGCCUGAAGGACGCGGAGGUGCUGGAGGGCGGUGCUGCCACCCUGCGCUGCCAGCUGUCCUCGGUGGCCGCGCCCGUGGAGUGGCGCUGCGGAGACGAGGUCCUGCGGCCGGGAGGCAAGUACAGGAUGCGGCAGGAGGGCACCUUGCUGGAGCUGGUGGUCCGGGACCUGCAGCCCGGCGAUAGUGGGCAGUACGUCUGCUGCUUCGGGGACCAGACAACCUCAGCCACGCUCACCGUGAAGGCCCUGCCUGCCGAGUUCAUAGGGAGACUGAGGAGCAAGGAGGCCACAGAAGGGGCCGUGGUAACACUGCGCUGUGAGCUGAGCAAGGAGGCCCCCGUGGAGUGGAGGAAGGGGCCCGAGACCCUCAGAGCUGGGGACAGAAUCAGCCUGAGGCAGGAUGGGGCCGUGUGUGAGCUGGAGAUCCGUGGCCUCGUGGUGGCAGAUGCCGGGGAGUACUCGUGCGUGUGUGGGCAGGAGAGGACGUCGGCCACGCUGGCCGUCAAAGUCCUGCCUGCCGAGUUCAUAGGAAGACUGAGAAGCAAGGAGGCCACGGAAGGGGCCACAGCCACACUGCGCUGCGAGCUGAACAAGGCGGCCCCCGUGGAGUGGAGGAAGGGGCCCGAGACCCUCAGAGCUGGGGACAGAAUCAGCCUGAGGCAGGAAGGGGCCGUGUGCGAGCUGGAGAUCCGUGGCCUCGUGGUGACGGAUGCCGGGGAGUACUCGUGCGUGUGUGGGCAGGAGAGGACGUCGGCCACACUGACAGUCAAGGCUCUGCCUGCGAAGUUCACAAAGGAUUUGAGAAAUGAAGAGGUCACAGAAGGGACCACAGCCACACUUCUCUGCGAGCUGAGCAAGGAGGCACCCGUGGAGUGGAGGAAGGGGCUUGAGACACUCAGAGCUGGGGACAGAGUCAGCCUGAGGCAGGAUGGGGCCAUGUAUGAACUGGAGAUCCGUGGCCUCGUGGUGGCGGAUGCCGGGGAGUACUCGUGCGUGUGCGGGCAGGAGAUCACGUCGGCCACGCUGACCAUCAAGGCGCUGCCCGCGAAGUUCACAAAGAUCCUGAGGAAGGAAGAGGCCACAGAAGGGGCCGUGGUAACACUGCGCUGUGAGCUGAGCAAGGCCGCCCCCGUGGAGUGGAGAAAGGGGCUGGAGACCCUCAGAGCUGAGGACAGAGUCAGCCUGAGGCAGGAAGGGGCCGUGUGUGAGCUGGAAAUUUGUGGCCUGAUGCUGGCAGAUGCCGGGGAGUACUCGUGCGUGUGCGGGCAGGAGAGCACGUCGGCCACGCUGACCGUCCGGGCCCUGCCCGCAAAGUUCAUAAAGAGUCUGAGGAAGGAAGAGGCCACGGAAGGGGCCACAGCCACACUGCAAUGUGAGCUGAGCAAGGAGGCCCCCGUGGAGUGGAGGAAGGGGCCCGAGACCCUCAGAGCUGGGGACAGAGUCAGCCUGAGGCAGGAUGGGGCCGUGUGUGAGCUGGAGAUCCGUGGCCUCGUGGUGGCGGAUGCCGGGGAGUACUCGUGCGUGUGCGGGCAGGAGAGCACGUCGGCCACGCUGACCAUCAAGGCGCUGCCUGCGAAGUUCACAAAGAUCCUGAGGAAGGAAGAGGCCACGGAAGGGGGCAUAGCCACACUGCGUUGUGAGCUGAACAAGGCGGCCCCCGUGGAGUGGAGGAAGGGGCCGGAGACCCUCAGAGCUGGGGACAGAAUCAGCCUGAGGCAGGAUGGGGCCGUGUGUGAGCUGGAGAUCCGUGGCCUCGUGGUGGCGGAUGCUGGGGAGUACUCGUGCGUGUGUGGGCAGGAGAUUACGUCGGCCAUGUUGACGAUCAGGGCCCUGCCCGCCAAGUUCACAAAGGGUCUGAGGAAGGAAGAGGCCAUGGAAGGGGCCACAGCCACACUGCAAUGCGAGCUGAGCAAGGAGGCCCCCGUGGAGUGGAGGAAGGGGCUGGAGACCCUCAGAGCUGGGGACAGAGUCAGCCUGAGGCAGGAUGGGGCCGUGUGUGAGCUGGAGAUCCGUGGCCUCGUGGUGGCAGAUGCUGGGGAGUACUCAUGCGUGUGCGGGCAGGAGAGCACGUCGGCCACGCUGACCAUCAAGGCGCUGCCCGCGAAGUUCACAAAGAUCCUGAGGAAGGAAGAGGCCACAGAAGGGGCCGUGGUAACACUGCGCUGUGAGCUGAGCAAGGCCGCCCCCGUGGAGUGGAGGAAGGGGCUGGAGACCCUCAGAGCUGGGGACAGAUUCAGCCUGAGGCAGGAAGGGGCCGUGUGCGAGCUGGAGAUCCGUGGCCUCGUGGUGGCGGAUGCCGGGGAGUACUCGUGCGUGUGUGGGCAGGAGAUCACGUCGGCCACGCUGACCAUCAGGGCCCUGCCCGCCAAGUUCACAAAGGGUCUGAGGAAGGAAGAGGCCAUGGAAGGGACCAUGGUAACACUGCGCUGUGAGCUGAGCAAGGAGGCCCCCGUGGAGUGGAGGAAGGGGCCCGAGACCCUCAGAGCUGGGGACAGAGUCAGCCUGAGGCAGGAUGGGGCCGUGUGUGAGCUGGAGAUCCGUGGCCUCGUGGUGGCGGAUGCCGGGGAGUACUCGUGCGUGUGCGGGCAGGAGAGGACGUCGGCCACGCUGACCAUCAGGGCCCUGCCCGCCAAGUUCACAAAGGGUCUGAGGAAGGAAGAGGCCAUGGAAGGGACCAUGGUAACACUGCACUGUGAGCUGAACAAGACGGCCCCCGUGGAGUGGAGGAAGGGGCUGGAGACCCUCAGAGCUGGGGACAGAGUCAGCCUGAGGCAGGAUGGGGCCGUGUGUGAGCUGGAGAUCCGUGGCCUCGUGGUGGCAGAUGCCGGGGAGUACUCGUGCGUGUGCGGGCAGGAGAGCACGUCGGCCACGCUGACCAUCAGGGCCCUGCCCGCAAAGUUCACAAAGAUCCUGAGGAAGGAAGAGGCCACGGAAGGGGGCACAGCCAAACUACGCUGUGAGCUGAGCAAGGCCGCCCCCGUGGAGUGGAGGAAGGGGCCGGAGACCCUCAGGGCUGGGGACAGAAUCAGCCUGAGGCAGGAUGGGGCCGUGUGUGAGCUGGAGAUCCGUGGCCUCGUGGUGGCGGAUGCUGGGGAGUACUCGUGCAUGUGCGGGCAGGAGAGCACGUCGGCCACGCUGACUGUCAAGGCCCAGCCAUCGGUAUUCAGGGAGCCCUUGCAGAACCUGCAGGCUGAGGAAGGCACAGAGGCUAGCCUGCGAUGUGAGCUGUGCGAGCCCAGGGCUGUGGUCUGGAGCAAGGGUGGCCUGGAGGUGCAGGCCGACGGGCACCGGGAGCCACGGCAGCAGGGCUGCAUGGUGGAGCUGGUGCUGCGGGACCUGCGCUGGGAAGAUGCGGGCGAGUACACCUGCACCUGUGGCUCCCAGGCCACCAGUGCCACCGUCACCAUCACAGCUGCACCCGUGCGGUUCCUCCGGGAACUGCAGGCUCAGGAGGUGGAUGAGGGUGGGACAGCACGCCUGUGCUGCGAGCUGAGCCGGGCGGGCGCCAGUGUGGAGUGGCGCAAGGGCUUGCUGCAGCUCUUCCCCUGCGCCAAGUACCAGAUGGUUCAGGAAGGCGUGACCGUAGAGCUGCUGGUACAUGAUGCAGAGCAGGAGGACGCCGGACACUACACCUGUGACACAGGCCACGCACAGAGCACUGCCAGACUCUCAGUUCGUGCCCCCAGGCCCAUGUUCCAGGCUGAGCUGCAGGACGCAGAGCAGGAGGUGGGCGGCCUGGCCCGGCUGUGCUGCCAGCUGAGUGAGGUGGAGCCUGGGGCCCGUGUGCAGUGGCUCAAGGAGGGUGUGGAGCUGCACACUGGCUCCAAGUACGAGAUUCGUCACCAGGGGACCACGUGUGAACUGCUGAUCCACGGGGUCGAAGCCAAGGACUCGGGCCAGUAUGCCUGUGUGGUGGGUGGCCAGAAAACUGUGGCUUCUGUCAAGGUCAGAGCCCCCCAGGUGACCAUUCUGGAGCCCCUGCAGGAUGUACAGCUCAGUGAGGGCCAGGAUGCCCACUUCCGAUGCCGGCUGUCUAGGGCCUCUGGCCAGGAGGCUCGCUGGGCCUUGGGAGGAGUGCCCCUGCAGGCCAAUGAAAUGAAUGACAUUACAGUGGAGCAAGGCACUCUCCACACACUCACUCUACACAAGGUGACCCUCGAGGAUGUUGGAACCAUCAGUUUCCAGGUGGGCUCAUGUAGCUCAGAGGCCCAGCUGAAGGUCACAGCCAAGAACACAGUGGUGCGCGGCCUGGAGAACGUGGAGGUGCCCGAGGGGGGCGAAGCGCUGUUCGAGUGCCACCUGUCCCUGCCGGAGGUGGCCGCGCACACCUGGCUGCUGGAUGACCAGCCCGUGUCCAGCUCGGAGAACGCCGAGGUGGUCUACUUCGAGAACGGCCUGCGGCACCUGCUGCUGCUCAAAAACCUGCGGCCUCAGGACAGCUGCCGGGUGACCUUCCUGGCUGGGGACGUGGUGACCUCUGCAUUCCUCACCGUCAGAGGCUGGCGCCUGGAGGUCCUGGAGCCCCCGCAGGACGCGGCCGUGGGCGCAGGGAGACAGGCCCACUUCAGCUGCACGCUCAGCGAGGCGGUGCCCGUGGGCGAGGCCACCUGGUACAUCAACGGGGCCGCCGUGCAGCCGGACGAUGAGGACUGGACGGUGACCGCGGACGGCAGCCACCACACGCUGCUGCUGCGCCGUGCUCGGCCGCACCACGCCGGCGAGGUCACCUUCGCCGCCCGCGACGCCGUGGCCUCCGCGCAGCUCACCGUGCUGGGCCUCCCGGACCCCCCGGAGGACGCCGAGGUGGUGGGGCGCAGUGACCGCUCCGUGACGCUGUCCUGGGUGGCCCCAGCCAGCGACGGCGGUGGUGGCCUCCGUGGCUACCGGGUGGAGAUGAAGCCGUCGGCCACUGGGGAGUGGCAGCUGUGCCACGAGCUGGUGUCCGAGCCCGAGUGCGUGGUGGACGGCCUGGCCCCUGGGGAGACCUACCGCUUCCGCGUGGCGGCCGUGGGCCCCGCAGGCGCCGGGGAGCCCGUGCACCUGCCCCAGACAGUGAGGCUCGCAGAGGCCCCGGAACCUGCACCAGCGCCCCUCGCCCUGGAGAGCCGGCAGGUGGCGCCCGGCCAGGAGCUGCGUCUGGAAUGUGAGGUGCCCGGGGCUGGAGAGGUCGUCUGGCUGAAGGGCACGGAGCGCAUCCAGCCCGGGGGCCGCUUCCAGGUUCUCUGCCAGAGUGGGCGGCAGACGCUGGUGAUCCGGGGCUUCUCGGCGGAGGACCAGGGCGAGUACCGCUGCAGCCCUGCCAGGGAUCCCGUCUCUGCCGCUGCCAGGGCCUUCCAGGUGGUGCUGACCCCAGGAUCCAGAGAGGAGGUCCCUGCACAGCCCAGCCUGCCCCCCGAGGCGGCCCAGGAGGGCGACCUGCACCUGCUGUGGGAGGCCCUGGCUCGGAAGCGCCGCAUGAGCCGCGAGCCCACGCUGGACUCCAUCAGCGAGCUGCCUGAGGUGGACGGGCGCCAUCAGCGCCUGCGGCAGGAGGCAGAGGACCUGGCCCCGGACCUGUCCGAGGACUACUCCACAGCCGACGAGCUGGCACGCACUGGUGAGGCCGACCUCUCACACACCAGCUCUGACGACGAGUCCCGGGCGGGCACUCCUUCCCUGGUCACCUACCUCAAGAAGGCUGGGAAGCCUGGCACCUCGCCACUGGCCAGUCAGGGUGGGGCUCCAGCAGUCCCAUCGGGAAUGCUGCAGAAGCAGCCGAAACAGCCGGCCACAGUGUGCCCACCACCAGGAGACCUGACUAUUGAGGACCUCAGCGACCCAUCUCUGGACAAGGCGGCCAUGAAGAUCCAGGCUGCCUUUAAGGGUUACAAGGUGCGGAAGGAGAUGAAGCAGCAGGAGGGGCCCGUGUUCCGGAGCACGUUUGGCGACACCGAGGCACAGGUGGGGGACAUCUUACGUCUGGAGUGUGUGGUGUCCAGCAAGGCAGACGUGCAAGCUCGUUGGAUGAAGGACGGUGUGGAGCUGACGGACGGCAGGCACCACCACAUUGACCGGCUCAGGGACGGCACCUGUGUUCUGCUGGUCACUGGCGUGAGCCACGCCGAUGCGGGCUGCUACACCUGCCAGGUGAGCAGCAAGUUCGGCUGCACGGUCCACAGCGCCCACGUGGCGGUCAGCGGGACGGAGAGUGAGGCUGAGAGCUCCUCUGGCGGAGAAGUGGACGACACCUUCCGCCGGGCAGCCCGCCGGCUGCACCGCCUCUUCCGCACCAAGGGCUCCACCGAGGUGUCGGAGGAGGAGAUCUUCCUGAGCGCCGAUGAGGGCUCGGGGGAGCCUGCGCAGCCUGGGGACUGGCAGACGUACCGCGAGGAUGAGCACUUGGUUUGCAUCCGCUUUGAGGCACUGGCUGAGGCCCGUCGGGCGGCCACGCACUUCCAGGAGAUGUUCAACAUGCUAGGCAUUGGGGUGGACAUCAGCCUCUCGGAGCAGGGACCCCGGGGGGUGGAGGUACGCAUCGCCAAGGUGGCCCUUGCCCCCACAGCGCCUUCAGAGCCAGUGCCCAGCUCGCGGACCACAGAGGCUGCCCCAGUGUUCCUGACUGAGCUGCAGAAUCAGGAGGUGUUGGACGGGUACCCUGUGAGCUUCGACUGUGUGGUGACAGGCCAGCCUGUGCCCAGCGUGCGCUGGUUCAAGGAUGGGAGGAUCCUGGAGGAGGAUGACCACUACAUGAUCAGCGAUGACCAGCAGGGCGGCCACCAGCUCAUCAUCACGGCUGUGGUGCCUGCAGACAUGGGUGUCUACCGCUGUCUGGCUGAGAACAGCAUGGGCGUGUCCUCCACCAAGGCUGAGCUCCGCGUGGACUUGACCAGCACUGACUAUGACACUGCUGCGGAUGCCACUGAGACCUCGUCCUACUUCAGCGCCCAAGGCUACCAGUCCAGUCGCGAGCAGGAGGGUGCAGAGUCUACGUCGGAAGAGGGACAAUUGCCCCAGGUGGUGGAGGAGCUGAAAGACCUCCAGGUGGCCCCCGGCAUACGCCUGGCCAAGUUCCAGCUCAAGGUGAAAGGCUACCCGGCGCCCCGCCUGUACUGGUUCAAAGAUGGGCAGCCCCUGACGGCUUCUGCGCACAUCCGCAUGGUGAACAAGAAGACACUGCACAGCCUGGAGAUCCUCUCGGUCACCAGCGAGGAUGCCGGCCAGUACUCCGCCUACAUCAGCAACUCCGUGGGCGCCGCCUACUCCUCUGCCCAGCUGCUGGUCCAAGGCCCUAAUGACCCAGAAAAGAAGCCGGUGACAGCAGACGUGCAGCAGCAGCUGGUGCCACCCCGCUUCCUGGAGAAGUUCACCUCUAAGAAGGUGAAGAAGGGCUCCAGCAUUACCUUCUCCGUGAAGGUCAAAGGUCUCCCCGCCCCCACGGUGCACUGGCUGCGGGAGGAGGCCGAGCAGGUGCUGUGGAUCGGCCAGGACACCCCGGGCUACACAGUGGCCAGCUCAGCCCAGCAGCACAGCCUGGUCCUGCUGGACGUGGGCGCACAGCACCAGGGCACCUACACCUGCAUCGCGUCCAACGCUGCCGGCCAGGCCCUCUGCUCCGCCAGCCUGCAUGUCUCUGGCUUGCCCAAGGAGGUGGGACCAGUGGGAGAGGUGAAGGAGGCCCUCAUCUCCACCUUUCUUCAGGGGACCAAAGCCAUCUCGGAACAGAUGCCUGUGGAUUUCAGCAGCCUUGCUGGGCAGAAAGGAGAGCCGCUGGCAGCCGAGGCCCAUGGCCACCUGACCCUGGCUGAGGUGGGCACGGAGGAGUUCCUGCAGAAGCUGACCUCACAGAUCACGGAGAUGGUGUCGGCCAAGAUCACCCAGGCCAAGCUGCAGGUGCCUGGAGGUGACAGUGACGAGGAGUCCAAGACACCGUCUGCCUCUCCCCGUCAUGGCCGCUCUCGCCCCUCCUCCAGCGUCCAGGAGUCGUCCUCGGAGUCAGAAGAUGGAGACUCCCGGGGGGAGAUCUUUGACAUCUACGUGGUCACCGCCGACUACCUGCCCCUGGGGGCCGAGCAGGACGCCAUCUCGCUGCGGGAGGGCCAGUACGUGGAGGUGCUGGACUCGGCCCACCCUCUGCGCUGGCUGGUGCGGACCAAGCCCACCAAGUCCAGCCCCUCGAGGCAGGGCUGGGUGUCCCCCGCCUAUCUGGACAGGCGGCUCAAGCUGUCGCCCGAGUGGGGGCCCACGGAGGCCCCCGAGUUCCCUGGAGAGGCCGUGUCUGAGGAUGAGUACAGGAUGCGGUUGAGCUCCAUCGUCCAGGAGCUGCUGAGCUCUGAGCAGGCCUUCGUGGGCAAGCUGCAGUUCCUGCAGAGCCACCACAUGCAGCACCUGGACCACUGCCCCCACGUGCCGGCCGCGGUGGCCGGCCAGAAGGCCGUCAUCUUCCGCAACGUGCAGGACCUCGGCCAGUUCCACAACAGCUUCCUGCAGGAGCUGCAGAGCUGCGAGACAGAUGACGACGUGGCCAUGUGCUUCCUUAAGAACCAGGAGGCCUUUGAGAAGUAUCUGGAGUUCCUGGUGGGCCGGGUGCAGGCCGAGUCAGUGGUGGUCAGCACAGCCGUGCAGGAGUUCUACAAGAAAUACUCGGAGGAGGUGCUGUCGGCCACGGACCCCUCGCAGCCGCCCCCGCCGCCGCUGCAGCACUUCCUGGAGCAGCCAGUGCAGCGGGUGCAGCAGUACCAGGCUCUGCUCAAGGAGCUGAUCCGCAACAAGGCGCGCAACCGGCAGAACUGCGCGCUGCUGGAGCAGGCCUACGCCGUGGUGUCGGCGCUGCCGCAGCGGGCCGAGAACCAGCUGCACGUGUCGCUCAUGGAGAACUACCCGGGCACCCUGGAGGCCCUGGGCGAGCCCAUUCGCCAGGGCCACUUCAUCGUGUGGGAGGGGGCACCGGGUGCGCGGAUGCCCUGGAAGGGCCACCACCGCCACGUCUUCCUGUUCCGCAACCACCUGGUGGUCUGCAAGCCCAAGAGGGACUCCCACACCGACACCUUCAGCUACGUGUUCCGGAACAUGAUGAAGCUGAGCAGCAUCGACCUGAACGAGCAGGUGGAGGGGGACGACCGUGCCUUCGAGGUGUGGCACGAGCGGGAGGAUUCGGUGCGCAAGUACCUCCUGCAGGCCCGGACUGUCAUCACCAAGAACGCGUGGGUGAAGGAGAUCUGCGGCAUCCAGCAGCGCCUGGCCCUCCCCGUCUGGCGGCCGCCGGAUUUUGAGGAAGAGCUGGCCGACUGCACAGCCGAGCUGGGUGAAACAGUCAAGCUGGCCUGCCGUGUGACCGGCACACCCAAGCCCAUCGUCAGCUGGUACAAAGAUGGGAAGCCAGUGGACGUGGACCCUCACCACAUCCUCAUUGAAGACCCCGAUGGCUCGUGCACGCUCAUCCUGGACAAUCUGACCAGUGCGGACUCUGGCCAGUACAUGUGUUUUGCGGCCAGCGCUGCCGGCAAUGCCAGCACCCUGGGCAAGAUCCUGGUGCAGGUCCCCCCGAGGUUUGUGAACAAGGUCAGGGCAGUGCCUUUCAUGGAAGGAGAGGACACCCAGGUCACCUGCACCAUCGAAGGGGCUCCACACCCUCAGAUCAGGUGGUACAAGGACGGGGUCCUCCUGACCUCUGGCGGCAAGUACCGGACCCUGAGUGAGCCACGCAGUGGCCUGCUGGUGCUGGAGAUCCGUGAGGCCAGCAAGGAGGACCUUGGCCAUUAUGAGUGUGAGCUGGUGAACCGGCUGGGCUCCGUACGCGACGGCGUGCAGCUGUGCCUGCAAGGCCCUACCCUGCAGGCCAGGGAACGCCGCCGGGAGCACGUGGCUGUGGUGGAAGGUGCCGCCGUCCCACCCCCCACUGCCCCGGAGCGAGUGGACCAGAGCACAACUGUCCAGAGGACACCGGUGGGCCCGGAGGCUCCGGGAACCUCCGCCGGGGACCGCGCCGGCCUGGGCCCCCGGGAGCCACUUGCUCUCCAGGAGGCCAGCUCCCCACUCCCGGGCACUGAGGCCGCAGACGAACCUGCAGCGUCCGGGAAGGUGCCGGAGCCUCUCCCACCUGGGAGCCAGGACCAGGGCGCAGGGGCUCCUGCCGCAGCUCACGAACGCGUGGUGCCCAUCAGGAUGGAGAGCGCGGCCUGGCCGGGGACAGAGGCCCCUGAGCUCUGGGAUGUCUGCAGCCACGUGUUCACAGAGACCACGCACCGGACAUACGUGUACAAGGCCGGCGACCCGGGUGCCGCAGCAAGGCCCCCGUCCAUGCAGGUCACCAUCGAGGACGUGCAGGCACAGGAAGGCAGCACAGCGCAAUUCCAGGCGGUCAUCGAGGGCACCCCGCAGCCCACGGUGACCUGGUAUAAGGACGGCGUCCAGCUGGUGGACAGUGCGCGGCUCAGCCAGCAGCAGGAGGGGACAACCUACUCCCUGGUGCUGAGGGACGUGGCCCAGCUUGACGCCGGGGUCUACACCUGCCUGGCCCAGAACGCUGGUGGCCAGGUGCUGUGCAAGGCGGAGCUGCUGGUGGAUGGAGGGGCCAGUGACCUGGGCUCAGAGAAGCAGAGCUAUCGGAGAAAACUACACUCUUUCUACGAAGUCAAGGAAGAGAUUGGGAGAGGUGUGUUCGGCUUUGUGAAGAGGGUGCAGCAUAAGGGCAACCAGAUGUCCUGUGCAGCCAAGUUCAUCCCCCUGCGGAGCAGGACGCGCGCCCAGGCCUACCGGGAGCGAGACGUGCUGGCCGAGCUGAGCCACCCGCUGGUCACCCGGCUGCUGGACCAGUUUGAGACUCGCAAAACCCUCAUCCUCGUCCUGGAGCUGUGCUCAUCAGAGGAACUACUGGACCGUCUGUUCAAGAAGAGCGUGGUGACAGAAGCUGAGGUCAAGGUCUACAUCCAGCAGCUGGUGGAGGGUUUGCACUACCUGCACAGCCACGGCGUCCUCCACCUGGACAUAAAGCCCCCCAACAUCCUGAUGGUGCACCCUGCUCGGGAAGACAUUAAAAUCUGCGACUUCGGCUUUGCCCAAAAAAUCACCGUGGCAGAGCCACAGUAUAGUAUGUACGGGUCCCCCGAGUUUGUGUCCCCGGAGAUCAUCGAGCAUACGCCUGUGAGCGAGGCCUCUGACAUCUGGGCUAUGGGGGUCAUCUCCUACCUCAGCUUGACCUGCGCGUCCCCAUUUGCGGGCGAGAGUGACCGAGCGACCCUCUUGAACGUGCUGGAGGGGCGGGUGUCCUGGAGCAGCCCCGUGGCUGCUCACCUCAGCCAGGACGCCCAGGACUUCAUCAAGGCUGCCCUGCAGAGGGCCCCCGAAAGCCGGCCCAGCGCAGCCCAGUGCCUCACCCACCCCUGGUUCCAGAAGUCCCUGCCGGCGGAGGAGGCCCACUUCAUCAACACCAAGCAGCUCAAGUUCCUCUUGGCCCGCAGCCGCUGGCAGCGCUCCCUGAUGAGCUACAAGUCCAUCCUGGUGAUGCGCUCCAUCCCCGAGCUGCUCCGAGGCCCGCCCGACAGCCCGUCGCUCGGGGUGGCCCGGCACCUGCGCGGCGAGGCCGCCUCCUCCAGCAGCUCCUCGUCCUCCGACAACGAGCUGGCGCCCUUCGCCCGCGCCAAGUCGCUGCCGCCGUCCCCGGUGACGCACUCGCCGCUGGUGCACCCGCGGGGGUUCCUGCGGCCGUCGGCCAGCCUGCCCGAGGAGGCGGAGGCCUGCGCUCCCCGGGAGCCCGCGCCGCCCGGGGGCGCAGAGCCCGCCGCCGCCCCCGCCCCGGGCUGCGUGCCCCGGCAGAGCGUCAUCCGCAGCCUGUUCUACCAGCAGGCCGAGCAGAGCCCGCCGCGCGGGGCCCCGGCCGCCGCCACGGUCACGGCCACAGCCACGGGCAGGCGGGUGCCCGCGCGGCGGAGGCACCUGCUCAAGGGCGGCUACUUCGCGGGCGCCGCGCCCGGCCUGCGGGAGCCGCUGCUGGAGCACCGCGCGCUGGAGGAGGCGGCCGCCCGGGAGGAGGGGGCUGCUCCUGCGGCCUCGGCACCCUCCUCAGAGAGGUCCCCCGAGGCCUCCGGAGGCCCCUGCCGCGGCCAUUCCCUGGGCUCCGAUUGUCCCCGCGGGGCCGGGCCCUCCGGAGAGGCCUGCCAGGAGGGGCAGGGUCUCUCACCCACCCUCUGGGGCCUCCAGGCUGAAACAGGAGGGCAGAGCGUGGCCAGACAGGUGGAAGGGCAGAGACCAUUUCCAUCUCCUGGCGGAGAUCCGCGCCUUGCUGAGCAAGAGAGGUCCUCCCAGGACAGCUGUGGGGGGCAGCCAGCUCCUUUUUCUCACCCCCAGGCGGGCCCUGCCACCGGGAAGGGUUCUGGUGCCCCUGAGGCUGUCGCACCCCAAGCUCCCUUGGCAACCCCGGGCACCUCCCUCUCCGGGGGACUGCAGGCUCCCUCCUCCCCAGCGCAGGCAGGCCUCCAGGCAGGCCCGAAGAGCGGGCUGGAGGCCACCCUGUUCCCUGGGGGGCCCGGGCUGCCCAGCUCUCCGGGGCCAGCCUCCCCCUCUGGCCUGGACACCGAGGACCUGUGGGAGUCCGAGCCCAGCUCCCCGCAGCCUCAGGAGCAGGCCACCUCGCGCAAGUUCUCCCUGGGGCAGCCUGGAGGCUUUGCUGGGCUGGCGGGCUACGGGGCCUUCGCCUUCGGUGGGGACGCAGGCGGCAUGCUGGGGCAGGGACCCCUGUGGGCCCGGAUGACCUGGGCCGCCUCUCAGUCCCUGGAGGAACAGGACGAAACAGGGGCCGAGAGCCCCCUCCCCCAAGCCAGCGCGGUGCCCCUGCCCGAGGGCAGCGGGGCCAGAGGGUCCCAGGUGUCGCUGGUGCAGAUCCAGGACCUGUCCCUGUCCCUGUCAGGGGACAUGGAGGCAGCGGACACCAUGUCUCUGGAUAUAUCAGAGGUGGAGCCUGCCUACCUCAACCUGUCACACCUGUACGACAUCAAGUACCUUCCCUUUGAGUUCAUGCUCUUCCGGAAAAUGCCCAGGCGGGAGCUGCCCCCGUCCCCAGUGUGGGAGCCCGAGGAGGAGCUGGCUGGGCUCCCGGAGGCCCCAUGGUCCUGGCAGGGCGGGCUGGGCCUGCAGAUCAGGGAGGAGCCGGAGGACAGCUCGGCCCUGCUCCGGGAGGCAGACGGCAGCAGGAAGCGCAAGUGGUCACCCCCCUCCGGUGGCCCCCGGAGCGUCCCGGGGAGGCGCGCCCUGCUGGAAGAGCCGGUGGAACUGGGGCUGCGUCAGAGGGUGAGGGCCUCGGUGGCCCAUAUCUCCAGCCUCCUGAGGGGCAGGCCUCAAGGUCCAGAGAAGGAGGGUCCCCCUAGGAAAAAGGCAGGCCUUGUUUCCUUCCGGCUGUCGGGUCUGAAGAGCAGAGACCAAGCGCCGACCUUCCAAAGGGAGCUUGCAGAUGAGACGGUGGUCCUGGGCCAGUCUGUGACCCUUGCCUGCCAAGUGUCGGCCCAGCCAGCUGCCCAAGCCACCUGGACUAAAGACGGGGUCGUCCUGGAAAGCAGCAGCCGCCUCCUCAUCUCCUCCACACUGAAGAACUUCCACCUUCUGACCAUCCUGGUGGUGACCUCUGAGGACCUGGGCGUGUACACAUGCAGCGUGCACAACGCCCUGGGCAUGGCGACCACCACAGCUGUCCUCCGGAGGGCCGAGCGCCCCUCGUCCUCCCCGCGCCCAGACAUCGGGGAGGUGUAUACUGAUGGGGUCUUGCUGGUCUGGAAGCCCGUGGAGUCCUAUGGCCCCGUGACCUAUAUCGUGCAGUGCAGCCUGGAAGGUGGCAGCUGGAGCACGCUGGCCUCGGACAUCUUUGACUGCUGCUACCUGGCCAGCAAGCUCUCCAGAGGCGGCAUGUACACCUUCCGGACCGCGUGUGUCAGCAAGGCCGGCAUGGGCCCCUACAGCAGCCCCUCUGAGCAGGUCCACCUGGGAGGGCCCAGGCACCUGGCCUCAGAGGAGAGCCGCCCUGCGCCGCCUGCCCAGCCGCUCCCCAGCACCCAGACCUUGGCCUUCCAAACACAGAUCCGAAGGGGCCGCUUCAGCGUGGUGCGGCAGUGCCGGGAGAAGGCCAGCGGCCGGGAGCUGGCCGCCAAGAUCAUCCCCUACCGCCCGGAGGACAGGAUGGCCGUGCUGAGCGAGUACGAGGCCCUCAAGGGCCUGCGCAACCCGCACUUGGCCCAGCUACACGCUGCCUACAUCAGCCCCCGGCACCUGGUCCUCAUCCUGGAGCUGUGCUCAGGGCCGGAGCUGCUCCCCUGCCUGGCCGAGCGGGCCUCCUAUUCGGAGUCCGAGGUGAAGGACUACCUGUGGCAGAUGCUGAGCGCCGCCCAGUACCUGCAUGCGCAGCGCAUCCUGCACCUGGACCUCAGGUCCGAGAACAUGAUCGUCACGGAGUACAACCUGCUCAAGGUGGUGGACUUGGGCAACGCCCAGAGCCUUGCCCAGGAGCAGGUCCUGCCCUCGGAGAGGUUCAGAGACUACGUGGAGACUAUGGCCCCGGAGCUCCUGGAGGGCCAGGGCGCCGUCCCGCAGACGGACAUCUGGGCCAUCGGUGUGACGGCGUUCAUAAUGCUGAGCGCUGAGUACCCGGUGAGCAGCGAGGGCCCGCGGGGCCUGCACAAAGGCCUGCGCAAGGGGCUGGUCUCGCUGAGCCGCUGCUACGCGGGGUUGUCCGGGGGGGCCGUGGCCUUCCUGCAGAGCACCCUGUGCGCGCACCCCUGGGGCCGGCCGAGCGCGUCCAGCUGCCUGCAGUGCGCGUGGCUGACGGAGGAGGGCCCCGCCUGCUCCCAGCCCUCCGCCGUGACCUUCCCCACCGCCCGCCUGCGCGCCUUCGUGCGGGAGCGGGAGAAGAGGCGGGCGCUGCUGUACAAGAAGCACAACCUGGCCCACGUGUGCUGA